GAUUUUUGAAAACCCAGUCGCUUUGCCACCUGCAUAAUGGCCAAACUGUUUCUUCUGUGUCUGUUUUCAAUUUUGCCAGCUCUGUUCUGUUGGGUGUCUUCAGCAGAUUUGCCUACUAAUUAUGAGUAUUUCACUGAAGGCGGCAUCGUCGCAGGCCUUAACGCCGAUCAACGAUAUUUUAAGCUGAAUGAGAAGGAAAUUACAAUCUUCAGUGGAGCUUUCCAUUAUUUUAGAGUGCACAGCUCCCAAUGGAGAGAUCGAUUGAGGAAAAUGCGAGCCGCAGGCCUAAACACCAUUGAGACUUAUGUGUCGUGGAACUUGCAUGAAUAUCACUCAGGGGCGUUUGAUUUCGGGCAUGGCGGUUCCGACUUUGAGGAGUUUCUGGAUAUUGCCGAAUUCAUCAAAAUUGCACAGGAAGAGGACUUGUUUGUCCUGGUAAGAGCUGGCCCAUACAUUUGCUCAGAAUGGGAGUUCGGAGGCCUGCCUAGUUGGCUUUUACGCGAAAAGGACAUAAAAGUCCGCACAAGCGAUGAAGUCUUCCUGAAAUACGUUGCAAGGUUUUGGGGAGAACUCCUGCAAAUUCUUGAGCCACUUCAGUUCACCAAUGGAGGCCCCAUCAUAGCCUUCCAAGUGGAGAACGAGUAUGGAAA